AUGUCAAACGACCCAACUGCCACCGAACUUUCUGUGCCUCCUCCAGCUGAGGGACAAGGCCCACAAUGCAGCACCCUGAUUCUGGAGCGAGGUCAAGAAGGCCUGGGAUUCUCGAUUGUCGGAGGUCAUGGAAGUCCACACGGAGAUCUGCCCAUCUAUGUGAAGAACGUCUUUGAGAAGGGAGCUGCCGCCGAAAAUGGCGUGUUGAAAAGAGGAGAUCAGAUUUUGGCUGUGAAUGGGAAAAGUCUGGAUGGACUUACACAUGAUGAAGCUGUCAAUAUUCUGAAAAAUGCGCGAGGAAAAGUGACUCUAUCUGUGUUGUCUUGA